UUCUAUUUAGUAUUGAACUGACUGUUCACGAGUAACUAGCAGCUAUUGAAGUUUUUGAAUAUUGUUAAAAUGGCAAAAUUAUCACUUAUUUUACUUUUCGCCCUUGUCACUAUGUUGGCUAUACAACAAAUUAAUGGCCAAAAGGAUUCAAGUAGUUGUGGAAGACAUGGUGAUCCUUGCGUUUCAUCAAGUGAAUGCUGUGACAAUAGUAAGUGCCACCGUUAUGCAAAGAGAUGUCAAGUUCAAAUAACUGAAGAUGAAUUAUUCGCACAGAGAGAAAAAGUUCUUGGUAGAAAGGGAAAAGAUUACUAAAUAAUAGUGCAGAUAAAAGAAAAACGAGAAUUUUAAAGAAGUUUAGCAGAAUUAAUCUUUUCUUCAUGAUUCCUGAAUUCAAACUCAGAGAUAAAUAAAUUAUGAGCAAAAAAAGAUUUAUUGAAGACUUGCCGAUGAU